GUCCCACGAGUAUAUAUAAAGUUGUGGAAGACCUAAUAACCUGGUAUGAAGGUAAAGAUAGAUGUGAAGCUAUGGGCUGUAUACUAGCAGAACCCAAAUCUGAACAAGAAUUCAACGCUAUAAAGGCUGUAUUACCACCAGGUUGGUUUUGGAUCGGGAUAACCGAACAGAACCAUAAAGAGCGAUACACUUACUACACAGACGACCAAGAUAUUGUAUAUAAUAGUGUGGUGGUAACAACAGCUUCCGAAAACUACAACUGUGUUGACAUGUAUAGUGACAAUUUCGUAUGGUAUGCAUAUGGUUGUGAUGCUCAAGACGAUGGUGCAAUCUGCGAGU